AUGGCGCCAGCACGCCAGCAGCAAAGCCCGCAGUUCCACAAAAAUGAAAAAGUCCUCUGCUUCCACAUGGAUAUGCUCUACGAGGCCAAAAUAAUGGAUAUCCAGCCUGGGGAGAAGCCCGGGGACGGGUUCCGAUACAAAGUUCACUACAAGGGUUGGAAGAACACGUGGGACGACUGGGUGCUUGCCGAUAGGAUCAGGCCCUUUGAUGAUGAGCACAAGGAGCUGGCGGCUCAGCUGCACGCGCAGUUGAAGACGAGCAUGCAGAAGACUUCCAAGCAGCCCAAGAAGAAUGCCAAAGGUGGUGAAUCGGCUCGUGGCAGUGAGGAACGGGCUUCAGGUGCUCCUCAAGGGAUCAGAGGGGCGAGGAGAGGAAAGGACUGGGAGCUGGAGCAGGAGGAAUCCUUCCACAACAAACCCAUGAUCAACCUUCCAGUCCCAGACCAUAUUCAAGCAAUGCUAGUGGACGACUGGGAAAACAUCACCAAAAACAAUCAACUUGUGCCUCUGCCGCACCCCAAACCCGUCAAGAGAAUCUUGGAGGAUUAUCUUGCUUUUGAGCGACCACAUCGGCAAGCAGGGUCAGCCAGCAUGGACAUUUUGGAGGAAGUCGUUGCCGGGUUCCGCGAGUAUUUUGAAAAGGCUCUGAGCAGGAUAUUACUCUAUCGCUUUGAGCGCCACCAGUACAUUGAUAUCCGCAAGCUUUGGGACAAUGCCAAAGAAAACGCGGAAUACAAGGGCGUGUGUGACGUCUAUGGUGCCGAACACCUGGCACGCUUGAUCGUGUCGCUGCCGGAGCUCCUUGCACAGACCAACAUGGACCAGCAAUCAGUUUCACGUCUGAGAGAGGAAAUUGGCAAGUUUACGGUCUGGCUCGGGCGAAACUGCGAGACAUACUUUGUGAAUGAGUACGAGACGCCGUCUCAAGAAUACGUCGACAAAGCCCGAAGCUUCUGA